CCCAAGUUAUUUGGUUAAAAGAACGAAGCAAAUUGUUUGGAUAUAAUAGUAAUUUCGAUAAAAAUUUUGACUUAACACUUUGUUCAACAUGUAAUUCAAGAUAUGACUGGAUUAAAAAUAAAAAAAAUAGUUUAAGUAACAAUGAAGAAACAAGCCAAGACAAUACAAUUGACAAAGAUACAACUGACCAAGAUACAAUCGACCAAGAUUUAAUCGAUACAAUCGACCAUGAUAUGAUCGACCAAGAUACAAUCGACCAAGAUAUAUUUGACCAAGAUAUAAUUGACCAAGAUAUAACUGAUCAAGAUAUAAUCGAUCAAGAUAAUGGAAUAGAAAUAACUCAACCAAAAACAACAAAAGUAACAACAGCCUAUUUGAUCGAAUUAAAAGUAAAAGUUUUCAUUGAUACUAAAAAAACUAGUUCUCCAGCAGGAAAUUGGUUGAUUUUUAAAGAAGAAAUUAAUAAUUUUUACCUGUUUCAAUCGAAUUUAAAUAAUCACAUACGAAGGUGUUUGGAUCUUCAAUUUAUUUACGACGAUGAUUAUGAAAUAACUUACAAGAUUAAUGGUCGAGGACAAGCUAUGUGCAUAAAUAAUCAUGAGGAUUUUUUAAAUUUUGUCGAUGAAUGUAAAGAACCUGAUAAUUUGGCAAAAACAAUGUAUAUUUAUAUUACCUUAAAAAAUCCGAAACAGUUUCACAAAAGAAAAUCAGAAGAAUCAGAUUUGAAUGAGGACGAAUAUAAUCAAGCUCAAAUUAUUACAGAACUUCGAGAUAAAUAUAAAUGUUUACAACAUAUUACACCAUGCUAUGUUGAAGAUGAAUGCCAUCUCCCGUUAAAUCCUGCUCGAUUAACAUUAUGGGCUCGUGAUAUAAUUACACCUCACUAUCAAACUAUGCCUCAUCAAACUGUACAACCAAAUAUGUUACCAUUACCAACUAUGCCCUCGGGUUUUAAUCCUUACAUAUAUCCUUAUAAUUCAUUUUAUUAUCAAAUACCUCAACCUCAAAUAUCUCAACCUCAAAUAUCUCAACCCCAAAUACUUCAACUCCAAACUACUACUAGAUAUAAUAUUUCCUUAAAUAAAUUUUUUUUUGAACUAGACCAAAUUUAUGAUGGUAAAGGAGCAUAUAUUGCUUUAGAAAAAUCGUUUGAAGAACAAGGGAUUACAGUAAAUGGUAUAAAAGAGUUAACGGAUGAUCAACUAAUUAAAUUAGGCGUAACUAAAAAUUUAUUGGAUUUAAUGGGUGUUCUCAAGCAGCUCCCUCAAUACGAUUGGCUAGUGAUUGAGAUGCUGCUCAAAUCAUCAUGCAAAUCAGAGCAGCUCUAUGAAAAAGAAUUGGUGGUUGCAGCUCCAGGGUUUUUUGACCUAAGUGAUAAUCACGAUCAAUUUUUCAACCAAUCAAAUUGUUCAGUAAACUCAUUGAGAGAGGCGUUUGAGAACG